AUGCCUGUAGUCAAAGAGGACCACGAUAUUCCGGUUGAAAGUGAUGCUGGGCAUGUCGUCGAUGGCACUUCUCGAUCACUCGCCUCUGAAUCCUUUCUGGCACACCUUCUCCAGAUUCCAUGUCUUAUAUGGGCCUUCACGGAAAGCAACUUCAUCACCUUCGUACUUCCAAACACCGCGUUUGGCGUGCUGGGCGCUCUUGCCGGGCCGGAGCUUCUGCAAAAUGCCGCGGGCGCUGGUCGGUUGACUUCUGCUACGAUGCUGUGGCCCACCCUCCUCGCAAUGGCCUUCAACUGGACAAAUGUCCUCAUUUUUGACCUCCAGAACCAGACGGCACCGCAAUCCCUGGCGGAGGACCAGGCGAACAAGCCGUGGCGGCCAAUACCAUCCGGCCGCAUCACCACCCAGCAAGCCCGACGAUCUAUACUCGUCGCGAUCCCGCUGUGCCUGGCUCUCAACCGACUACUGGGCGUCGAGUGGGAGGGACUCUAUAUUCAGAUCGGCUCAUACGUGUACAACGAUCUGCGCGGUGGUGACAGCCGGGCACGCGACCUGCUGAUCGCGAUCGCCUUCGCUCUGUUCAAUACGGCCAGUCUGCGCAUCGCCGCGGGCGCUGGCCGCGCAGAUAUACUACUAGCGCCCAGACCGCACGACCUGGCUGAGGGGCUUCCAGGGCGUCCUGCGCCGCCUCUACAGCUGAGUCCGGCUGGAUGCGCCUGGAUUGGUCUCAUCAGCAUAGUGAUUCUGACCACGAUGCAGGUGCAAGACCUGAAAGACCAGGCGGGCGACAGACUCAAGGAUCGGUGGACUGUGCCGCUGGCCUUUGGGGACUGGACCAGCCGUGUUUCACUUGCGCUGCUGGUUCCUUUUUGGACGGGCGUUUGCGCCUACGUCUGGUGGCCGCAUGGCCACUGGAUCUUGGUCCUUCCGCCGGUCCUCAUUGGUGCUCUUGUUACCUUUCGGGUUCUGGUGAAAAGAACACCCAAGGCGGACUCCAAUACGUGGAAGCUGUGGUGCUUGUGGGGAGUUGGACUGUACUACCUCGCUCCCGCGAGCCUCAUAUGA